UGCUCCUUGCCGAAACUAUAUAGUGGCAAGUCAUGAAAAAUCAUCUUAUUAUGGGCAAUUUAGGUAGUACACAAUGCAUAAUAAAAUAGUUAUUAUGAAAAAUAACUAUGGUCUUGUUGCAUAAGUAACUUGAUAUGGAAGAGCUUGACAGGUCUGGGUAUGUGAAUCCUAGUAGUCAACUAUGGCAAAACUAUGAGAUCAUUCUUAGAAAUCUAAGCUUGUUGACAAAAGAUCUUGACUUGUGCUUAAUGCCUUAUCCCAUCUCACUUCCCCAUUACCGUUGACAUUUGGCACUAUCAAAAGCAAGGCCUCCAAUCUGGCUUUCACCUCUGCUGUUCCCAGCAAUACUAUAACAAUCACACAUCUCAGAUAACAUCUCUUUCCUUGCAUUUUCUCUAUAUCAAUCAUGACUAUUUUCAGGGGAAAAAAAAGAAAAAAAGAAAAACAAAAAGAGAACAAGUUAGUGACUAUGAAAAAUGAUUAGAGACAUGUGGGAACUAGGAAAGAAGGAUAGUGGUAUCAAAAAGCCUCAUAAGGCGACCCAGAACUCCUUUUUUCAUUUGAUGUGACCCAUUGUGUGUUUGUGUGUAUGUGUGCGUGUGCAUCUGAAAUAAAUAGUUGGGGUGUUAGCAUUGUACGAUCUUACAAACUUUAUUUUUUAAUGAGCAUUUAGUCAUCUUUUAUGCAUAUCUUGGUUGUUUUAUUAUAUGCUAAUUUCUUUAUAUUGUGGUUUAGUCAUUUCGAUAUGAUAUACAGAACCACAGAUUGUUUCCCAAUUAAUGAUACUGAUGUUGUUCUGUCCUUUUAUGUGACAUGUUAUUGAUGAUUAACCAUCCAUAUGAAAUUAUUGUUAUAUUGUUUUUUCCUUUAAUGAGGUUUCCAGGACCUCUUGGAGCAUUGAAGUUAUUAAGAUCUAUUGAUGAUCAACCAAUGCUUUGUCCACCCACCCCCCCUCAACACACACACACACACUAAAACUGUCUGACAAAACUUUAUCUGUGGUUUAAACGUUCUAGUACUAAAAUAACUAUAUUGCCACUUGGUUCUCUGAAUUUAUCUUGAUUGCAUUCAAUGGAAAUAGCAGAAGAUUACAUAAUUGUAUCUGUUUGUGUGCCUGUAUCAAAUUUUAAUCACUGUAGUCUGUACCUAGCUUGGUCAUCUGGCGAAUUUAUACCUAUAUUAUUUGGUGUGGAACUCCCAAUGAUUUUGAGUAACUUUUAAUGCUGGAAUCUGAUAACCAUGAAUUUUCAGCACAGCUGUACCUGAUACAAAACCUGUUAAAACCUGUUGAGUUGUCUCGGAGUCUGAAGAAUCUCAUAGGCUACACUCUUGAGUUGAAACCAUCUCAAAUUCCGCAUAAGGAUGCUGGCCAAGGUUUAUUCAUAGAUGGUCAAGCCGAUGUUGGUACUGUAAUAGCAUUCUACCCUGGAAUAAUUUACUCUCCAGCUUACUAUUGUUAUAUUCCUGGAUAUCCAAGAGUCGAUACACACAACCCGUACUUGAUCACAAGGUACGACGGAACUGUUAUCAAUGCACAGCUUUGGGGUGUUGGGGGUGAAAUCCGUGAAGUGUGGGACCUCUCGAGUGUUAUUAAAUCUAGGCCAAAUGUGAAAGAUGAUGCUAAUAAUAAAGGUUCUGACCAAAUUUGGAAGAUGCUCAAUAAACCUUUGCAAGCCACACGAGUGGUCAGUAGUGGCGAUGUGUUGGAGCGGAGAAACCCACUAGCUUUUGCCCAUUUUGCGAACCACCCUGCAAAAGAGAUGGUCCCUAAUGUAAUGGUUUGCCCUUAUGAUUUUCCGUUAACUGAGAAGGAUAUGAGAACCUAUAUACCAAACAUAAAGUUUGGAAGUGGAGAGGAAGCGAAGAUGAAAAGGUUUGGAAGUUUUUGGUUUAUAGGUUCCAAUCCUCUUCCUCUCCAAUCCUUUCUUUUUGGAUGUCAUUGUAAAGUUUUUUCAAAGCUGCAAUUUGACCUUUUUGAUUAUAACCUAACAAUGAAGUGGACUAUGCUGAAAUCAUCAUGUUUACAUUCUUCUCUCUCUCUCUCUCUCUCUCUCUCACACACACACACACACACGGCAUGGUGAAAAUAUUAUCAGGCCAAAUUUAUAAGUGGAAGCAUGUUCUGAAUUAUGGUUGCUUGUAAUUUGAAGCAUAUUUCCUAGAAGUAAACUCAAAGUAACAUAUUUAUCGCAUAUAUUGGUUGAUUUUAAAAGGCUGAGUGUUAUGAUCCUACAUCCCUUAAGAGUUGGUUUGAU